AGGGCGAAGGAACUUGUGUUAUUUCAUGUUUGUCGUUACUACGACAGGACGUUUAGUUUGAUAUAUAGUUUCCGCUGAGUCAUGCGUUCAAGAAGUACGGCGAAAACUACCAAUGCAGGUGGUGAAAACAAAAAUGCACAAACUGUGACCGGCAAAGAAAAGAAAAUGGCGAAGGGAAAGCCCCGAAGGCACACACGUAGUUUCUUAGGAACACUGUUAAAAGUUUUAAAAUACUUUAUACUAUUUGUAUUUGUAUUUUAUCUGUCGUUCCCAUUUUUGUUAAACAUAUUUCCAGUUGUCCCACGAGAACUUACUUUUCUCAGCAAAGUGAGAUGGCCGUAUUUUGUGGAUUUUAAUCAUCCUGAAAACUAUAAUGUAACUGGAGGGAGAAAUAUUCACAUAAAAUCAACAGAUGAUGUGACACUUGGAAUUUGGCAAAUAUUACCAAAGAGUCUUCUAGAAAGCAGUCAGGAAAAAACAUCUGAAUAUUAUGAAAAAGCUUUAUCUGAUGGUAAACAUGUUAUUCUCUAUUUCCAUGGUAACUCGGGAAACCGGGCGAGAGAUCAUCGUGUGGAACUUUAUAAUGUUCUGUCUGGAAUUAAUUACCACAUCAUAGCUUUUGAUUAUAGAGGUUAUGGUGAUUCCAACGGCACAUCAAAUGCAGUAGGUAUCUUACAAGAUGCAGAGGUGAUGUAUAAAUGGCUAAAACCAAGAAUUGGAAAAGCAAAAUUGUACCUGUAUGGACAUUCACUAGGAACGGCGGUUGCUACAGCAUUAUCAAGAGAGUUAUGUGAUGCAGGUGAAUGCCCUAGUGGUUUAAUAUUGGAAUCUCCAUUUACUGAUCUUAUUGAUGAAGCCAGGAAUCAUCCAUUGUCAAGGUUUUGGAAGUUUUGGCCAGGUUUUGAUCAGAUGUUUUUGAAUGCAUUCCUAGAGUCUGCAAUUCCUUUCAACUCUACUGAAAAUAUUGAUUAUGUAAAGUGCAAAAUAUUAAUUAUGCAUGCUAAGGAUGACCUUGUUGUGCCUUUCAUUCUAGGAGAAAAGUUAGCACAACAUGCUGGAAAAAAUCGCCCGGCUGGAGCUGGUGCUUUGAAGUUUUUAGCAUUCCGGGCUGACAAAGGUUAUGGACACAAACACUUAGUGCGAGCUACUGAGUUGCCCAAAAUCAUUAGUGAUUUUAUAGAAAAUGCUCGAGAUGAGGGCCAGCCAGCCAACACAAAACCAUAAGUUUUGGAUGUGAGAUUACUCUUGGUUGAUGUUUCUACUUUACACCAUCUAUAUCUGCUGCACUCGCAUCCAUAUACAUGCAUCCUUUAAACCUGAAAUUCUAUCUUCUUAUAAAGUAUCAUAUCAUGCACUGGGUUUGGUUCCCUGAGCAGUCAGUUUUUGGUAUCCAAUUGGUGCUGUAUAUAUUUCUAUGCAUUUUCUUCAAUGAUUUAUGUAAAUAUACAAGUCAUAUUUUGCUUGUAGCUUAAAAUAGUGCAUUUCUGUUAUGUAGGUGAGCAGCAAUGUGUAUAUUUUAAUCAUAAUUUUAGUAAAAUAGAUAUUUUAAAAUCACCUGGGGAAUAAAAACACUAUUUAUACACUCUAGUCCAUCCUGUAUCCUAUCACAGAACAGCAUUUUGAGUUGAAUGGUUACUCGGUCAUUUUACAGAAACAAGUUGUCAUGUAUUCAACUUUCUAUUCUUUUGUUGUACACUGAAAGAUCUAUAUAUAUUUUUGGU